CUUCCAUCUAGGUUGAAAAGUUCAGGCAUGCGCAUAGGAGCUAGGUCCGCUUGCCCGGGCUGGAUAGGUGUACCUAGGCAUUCAGACUUUCAAGACGCAUAUUGCGUUUUUGUAAAAUCAUUAAAGUGCAUCAAAAAAAACCAGUGCUAAAAGAAGAAUUUCGCAAUGAUUUCUAAAAUGUCAACCAUAAACCAAAAUAAUGAAAAAAAAUCUUCGGCUGAAAAUUCCAAACAGGAGGAGGAGACUAUGAUGGAAGUUGAUGUGCAACCCGAAAAAGCUGAAACAGUUGAAGCAGCUGCAAGAGGUGAGAGGGCCGAAAUGAUUGAAAAAGCUGAAAUGUUUGAAAGAGCUGAAAGAGCUGGAUGUAAAAUCUCGGGUAGCUUUCUACCAGUGGAUGAAAGUGGCGAAGACAAUGAAGAGGGUUUUGACAUUGAUAAGAUCCUUGAUUACUAUAUCAGAGAACCGGGUUCACCGGCCCGAGCAGUACCACCGGUUGUAACAAAUACUUCAGCCUCAGCAGGAGCUGCGUGUGCUGAAAAAGCAGCCGAUGUGGCAUACACAGCUCAUGGCGCUGCUACUAGUUGUUCUUCUGGUACAGACGUUGAAACAAAUUUGAAAAAAAUUUUUAACAACAUUACCGAUGAGAGUAUGGUGAGUGACGAAAAUAAGUCAGCACUAAUGCAAUCGGCACAAGAGCAAUUGUUCAUUGAUUGGUGCACAUCGCGUCAAAUAAUGACCAAAAAAGAUGGUGACGAAUAAACCCACAGACAAGAUGAAGACUAUGGAGAAGUCGUCUAUGUGUGUUUCUAUAUUUAUUCCGAUAUUCCUAAAAAUAAUCACAUAAGUAAAAUAUUAUAUAUAAUCCUUCGUUAAAAUAUUUAAAGGUCAAUUUUCAACAAACAUCUUACUGUUAUAGUGACCUACAAACAAAACCUUCGACAAUGUAAUGUUUGUCAAUUUUAUAUGAGUUGUGUAUGUUUAUGUUCCUUCUAAUAUAUAAUCUAAAAUUAUGAAUUUCAAUUUCGAUUUCUCAUUUUAAUUAUUUUUAUAACAACUAGGAAACUAUUGUUUUCACUAACUGAAUCCUUAUAUGAUAUACAAUGAACUAAAUACUAUUGUAUUUUAUACUAUUUUACUAUUAAAUGUACCCAAUAUUUUAAUUAUGAUUUUACAUAAAAUGUAUUAAACAACUAUCUCUCAAUAAAUGUUUAGCGGUGAUGUUAUUUUUC